GUUGACGGUCGCGAGGGGUCGUGUUUCUGUCACUGACACACAGAAAAUACUGACAAAAUAUAUUACAUAAUUUAAAAUUACGUUAUUCGACGUUUCGUCUUCUGUACCGUAAUAUGGAGCAGUUUGUUGUCGAUGUAAAAAACCUGUCAGAGAAACUUCUCCACAGAGAGACCAGUUCAGAUUUGGAUGAGGUGAUUGAGACUCUCUUUAAAGCGAUUUCAACUCUAGAUGGAGCAGCAAAACUACAGGAUUCACAGAUGGAGGAAAUCGCCAUACAGCUGUGGAACUGGGCUGUGACCAAACGUGGUGGCUCAACUAUUACAGAAGAGCAGAAGGCCAAAGUGCGUCAUGUGGCAUGCAGACUGUUGUACUUAUGCGGGCCUGAGAACCCAUCAGAGAAUAUUGUUCGCAAGCAGAUACUGAUGGCAAGUAAAACAGGAAGAACAUGGCUUGAUUGUAAACAACCCAAAGCUGCUGCUGAUUUUUUGAGCCUUGCUGUCAAUAGCCUGGAGACUCUUUACAGCAAACUCACUUCCAAUGGAGAUUGCGCAGCAGAUAUUAACACACCAAAGGGAGACAUAGAGAAAGACUUGCUGCGGGUUUUGUCAUAUCAAGCUGAAUCUGCAGUUUCUCAAGGGCAACAUCAAGAGGCAGUUUCAUGCAUACAGCGAUGUAAAGAAAUGCUUCUUCGUCUUCCUAAAGAGACUGGUUAUCUCUCUCUCCUCUGUUACAACUUUGGGACCGAAACUUACAGCCGGGGAAAGCAUGAAGAGAGCACAUUUUGGCUAAGCCAAAGUUAUGAUAUAGGCAAGAUGAACGUGAAGUACUCACCAGGAUCAGAGAUGCAAGCCAAAGUUUUGAGACUUCUUGCAAAAGUUUAUUUGGAGUGGGACUGUCAGAAGUACCUGGAGAAAGCUCUUCAUGCUGUGAGCUUGGCUAAUAAGGAGCAUAUGCAGUUGUCAGGCCUCUAUCUGAAGAUCAGUAUCCUAGUUAAAAGCCACAGCCCAGAUGAUGCAGUAAAAUCCGGGCUGUCAGAGCUACUAAACAGUGAGGUUCCUCUGGAAGUGUGUUUGAACAUAGUAAAACUGCUUGUGGAAGAGAACAGGGAGGCUCUGGCUUUUGACUUCCUGAAGAGGGUGUGUCAGCACUUUGAGUCAUCUCCUGACCUGGGCUCUGCUCUGCUCAUGCAUAUAGAGCUGCUGCUGCAGCGGGACAAAGAGCUGCUGGCCAAGCAGAAGAUUGAGGAUGCUAUCACGGGACAUUACACUGGAAAACAACUAGCACCUCAGACUCUAUCAUCUCUUCACCUUCUUCUGUGGGACAGAGCUUCCAAAAACUUUGAAGCCAAGAACUAUUCUGAAGCUCUGCAGUGGUAUAACUACUCACUGAGCUUCUACAGAGCAGGUGAGUUGGAUCAGAACCUCGCUAAACUGCAAAGAAACCGAGCCUCCUGUUUCCUGCACCUGCAACAACUAGAAAAAGCCAAAGAGGCUAUAGAAGCGGCAGCAAGGGUUGAUCCAACAAACAUUUUCACACAGUUCAAUAUCUACAAGAUCGCUGUACUGGAGAACAAUGCAGAGAAAGCUGCCGUGGCUCUGAGAGAGAUUGGCGCUCUGGCUCAAAAUCCUGUCACCAGUGAGGAAAGACUGCUAGUAACUGAGAACGCUGCCGCAAACCUCCUCAGCCUGGCCGCACAGAUUGCCCUCGAGCAUGAGCAGCAGGAAACAGCCAUCAAAGCCUUAGAGAGUCUGUGUGAACACUCACAAGAUGUUGCUCAAAUCCUCACUGCCUUGAGGUGUUUAGUACGACUUGUUCUUUCAGCAAUGGAAAACACCAGUAAGGAAAACAGAAAUGCCGACUUGGAUGUCCUCUUGUCUUACCUGAAAACAGCUCUUCAGAAAUUAUCACAAACCAGCCAUAUUCAUGGCCACGGAGCACAGCAGCAUUCAGAAGACGCCAACUGGUUCAGGAGAAUUGCGUGGAACUCAGCCCUGCAGUGUGAACACAGUCAUGUGAGGAUGAGGGAUUUCUUUCUUCUCUCCUUCCAGCUGUCACAGCUGUGCACACCAGACCGAGGUGUGUUGAUGGGGCAAAAGACGUGUCUGCUGAUGGCUGCUGCUGCGUCUCUGGAGAUCUGCAGGAGCUCUGAUCACACUGAGCAACAGACUGAGCUCCUGACCCAGACUCUAGAGCACAUCCAGCUCUGUAAAGAGAUCUGUACAACCAUCAAAGCAUCAGGCACUUCCUCCAAAGACAAAACCGACACGUUAUUGCUGCUGUAUGAGUUUGAAGUCCGGGCCAAAUUAAAUGAUCCAAAGCUUGAAUCGGUGUUCGAAUCAGUUUUGGAACUAGAUCACAUGGAGACCAAACUGCUGGAAAUAAUGGCAGUCCUGGCGAUGGAACCACCAGCCCAUUUCCCUGUUCUCUGCAAGAAAGCACUGAGGAUCGCCUUGUCUCUGCACAGGAAACAGCCACAGGUCGACUUCACGCGCUGCAGCAACUGUUUACACAGCCUGAUUCAGCUGACCCUGCCGAGCGGCGUGUCCGAGGUGCAGCCCUGCGUGUUGGAGGAAGUGUGGGGCUACUAUGAGGAAGCUCUUUCCAUCAUAGCAACCGCACCCGAGGACUUUCCAGAACUGGAGAUCCUGUGGCUGCUAACCCGAGCAUGGAAUAUGGGAAUCCAGCUCUACAGCCUAGCCCACUAUCCCGAGGCCGAGAGGUGGUGCGGGUUGGGAAUGAGCUUCCUGAAGCACCUGGGCUCCCUGCAGGACAGCUAUCAGACUCAGAUGGUGGGUCUGUACAGUGAGGUGUUGGACAGGCUGGAUAAAGCAAAGAAGAAUCUCAUUAUUGAGGAAUGAAUGAUGGCGGCGGCUUCAGUCGCAGAUGGAG